CGUGUUGGCUCUAGGCUACUAACUACAUCAUGACAUUAACUCUAGCUACUUAGGCAAGUUUGGUCACCUGCAACUUUGAUCGCGUGCACUCAAACAUACAUUCGUCAAACAGUUUAUUUAUAGAGAGCACCUUAUGUAUGUAGGAGCUUCGUGUGUUUUGCGUUUUAGUCACUGAAUCAAGGCAGCAAAAAUGUGGCUCUAUAUUCUGAUUCUUUCAGUGCCUGUUGUCUACAGCCAAUGGCUGAACCCAAGGAGAUUUCCCUACACACCCAACUAUUACCUAGCUGGAAUGGGUUCCACUAUGCCUUCAGGUCUUGGCUAUUUAAACAGCUUAGGAUACGCUAACAGUCUAUUUUCUCCAGUCUCUCGUUCUGGUCUAGCAAGUGAUGUCACCAAAUACUCAACUACUUUUCCAAUCCAAUACAAAGAAAAUGAAAAGCUAUCAGGAGUUUCUGUUUUUGGUGCACCUUAUACCACAAGUGGUUCCAAAAGGUCAAGUGCCUUAGCAGUUACAAUAACAAAGAAUCAAGCAAAUUUUGGUGGACUAUUUGGUGACAAUGUCAACAGUUUAGAUGAAACUCAAGGAUUGUCAAUGACUAUUCAAGCAAAGAGCCCAGAAUCAGGUGUUUAUCAUGUUGUGUUUACAACUUUGGCCAGAGUGCAAGAUGGGUGUAAUUUAAAGUCAUUGGGAGAUAUUCUGGACAGUCAACAGCCUUAUUCUACUCCGUACUUCACAUCAGACUACGGAGUCAUUGCUACUAUUGAGCUCUACAGCAACGUCAUGAAAUCUGUUAGUCUUGCACGUAUACCAAGAGUUGACCAAUUAGAAGAAUUAGCCGGCAGGGGUCUAGCGUUGUGUUUAGACAAUGACUCUGGAAGUAGACCAUGUCAUGGUUACAUUGCUGCAUGUGUUGGUCUACAUUACAGUCAACAUGACGCUCUUCUUGAUCAAACAUACAAAGACGGAAGUGACGGAAAUAUACCAAGUUUGGAAACUAAAGAUUUCAACCAUAAAAACAGUUCACCAAUGGAAAUCUUAAAGAAGCACCAACUCAAAUCCUAAAUCCACAUGUCUUGCACUCAAAGUCGGCUUAAAAGAACUGAUUUUAUUCAGGAAUCUUUGAACCGGACAAAAUACAAAUUAGAAAAUAUAACAAUUGAAGCAUAGUCUCAGAUUGAUUGCUAACGUAUAUAUCAUAUUCUAAAAGAAAAAGUAUCGAAAACAACAGAGCUCAAAGAAUUAUUGAACUUUUUUUUGUGUUCAAGUACCCAAUGGGUCAUAGGGACGGAGCAAUCCAACCCUUCAUUGAAUAGCACAAUGGAGAAAGACUAGCAAGAUGCAUUUGGCGAUCUCAACGGACAACCAUAGAGCAGAAAAGAAGAGCACUAGAGCAGCUACCACCCUAGUAAACCACCCUAGUAAACCACCCAAGAACGCCGAAUCGCUAGAUCUUACUCACAAUGCAAAAACAGUAUUCCAAAGAAUGAAGAAACCUUGAUGCUUACUAAAUAAAACAGGACCGUUCUUGUAAACAAUAGAAAGGAAACUCUUUUCUGGUGAAUCUCGGCAAGAUUGAAAUAGAAGGAAAUGAAAAAGUAGAAAUUGAUCAAAGAUGGUAGAAUUAAUUAACAAUAAAAUUCCUAUCUAUCCCAAAGAAAAGGAUGUCGCUAUCAACGAAAAAUGGUCAAAGCUCUCACUUAAAUUUCAAGAAAAACAAUGACUUUUAUAAGCUUUCACAACUCAACCAAAAUAUAAUUUUUCACCUCAGAACUGAAAGCUAAAAAUUUGGACUAGUGAAAUUAGCCCUUGCAGAUAAUGCGUACUACGUCUUUCACAGCUGCAUAUCGAGAGGCCCGAGCAAGACGCUGGCCCCCAAAGCCCCCUAUAGAAUAAAAACAUUUUAGAAAGGUGAGACCACCGAGCAGUUUAUCUCAGAUAUAAGAUUAAUCUUUUGAAACCUCCAACAUAAAAAUGAGAAUGAAGAAGAUAAUAACAAUAUUAUAGGAUUUCUAAAUAUCUAUAGAUCUGGAUCGUUUUUAGACACUUCAUUCUUUACACCUAAUUUUUUUUUAAUGCGCAGGUUCCAUGUGGUAUUUAUUACCUAUAAAAUAUUGUCAAAUAGCAUCUGACAAUCCUACUCUGUGUGGCUCAUAUAUAUUGGGUUUGGUGGAACUGUUACUACUAACAGGAAAAGAUUCAAAGGCGAGCAACUAGUGCCUAAACCUUCAAUGAAGUCCAGUAGGGAAUCAGUUCUGUAGGCGUCAUUAUCCUGAUUGACCGUUGGAAAGGAUUUUGUCCCCUAGACAGGCAUGGACCAAGGGCUCUUCCUCCCCAGCCCUGUCUGAAGGAUCCACCAAGUCAUCGAUCAUAAGACGGUCGUGACAUGGCUUAGAAGCCCUCGGCCGCUCGCUAGAGUUGAAUACGGGAAAUUCUCCUCCUAAUUUAAUUUGUUACCGCCAUUAGAUCCGUCAAGGACCGUCAAUCCAAUCUCCUAUGCUACCACGUAUCCCGUAGAGGCCUGGUUUGCUGCUCUUCUGAACUUAUUUAGUCCCACUACUAGACGUUUCCACCGGAGGCGCCACGCUGAGGCGACGGGAGCUGCAAUUCUCCGGAGUGACGGGGGAGGGGGUCGUUAGCGUUGGCCAUGUAGGAAAAAGAAAACUCCGAAUCCUAACAUGUGUUACUUUGCGGUUAUAUCCACACAUGGGAAAGGCUUAGGGAGUCAACCAUGAGGAAAAAGUCGGGUGCUAGUGACCCUAAGGCAGCUUACAGAACACAUUGCUACACCAUGGCAGAGCCUUCGACGCCUCUGAUCCCUAAAUAUAUCGGCACCUGCUAGUGUUUCGGACAUAUCAACUUUAUAGAGAAGGGCAACGGCUUGGUCUGUGUAACCAACUGCAACGGCUUGGUCUGUGUAACCAACUGCAACGGCUUGGUCUGUGUAACCAACUGCAAAUAUUGCAAGCUGAGGACGUGGACUGGGUUCAAAUCCACAUGUAGACUCUAGUGUUGUCAAUCUAAGGCAGGCAACUCAAAGUUCUACAGUGAAUAAAUAAGUGUGUUUAUUUACCAGGACAAACAUAUAACAGCCUUCUGCAUUCCAAGAGUCUUGUUACUAAUUAUACCAGUCCUUUCACCAGCAACGUGAAUACGGACUAACGACAGCCUUCCCCGCUUCGCACCAGGUCCGCACUACAGUCUUCAGGCAAUACAAAAGACGGCUCCUUAGUUUCCAACACUUCAGACUCUUCAGAAUCACUUGAUACACUGUUAUUUCCUCUCUCCUAGUGUCUUCCUGUUCUGGUUCAAUUGUGCGCUCGUACGCACCACAAGCACUGGUGCAGGGGAGGGUUACAGAAAAAUAUUUGUAUUUCAAGAUUGAGUUGAGUUGAGCUAAGCUCUGUUUGUUGUGUGCCAAAGAAGGAACAAAAUAAACACCUUAAAAAAAUAAACUAAUGGAAGUGUAACUAAAAAGAAACUAAUGGAAGUGUAACUAAAAAGAAACUAAUGGAAGUGUAACUAAAAAGAAACUAAUGGAAGUGUAACUAAAAAGAAACUAAUGGAAGUGUAGCUAAAAAAGAAACUAAUGGAAGUGUCACUAAAAAAGAAACUAAUGGAAGUGUCACUAAAAAAGAAACUAAUGGAAGUGUAACUAAAAAAGUUACUAGUAUCGGUAAUCAGAAUUUUUGGUAACAACUAUUUGAAACUUUAAAAAAAAAUUGAAAUUAGGAAGAAAUGAUAAGAUGAAAAUAAGUAGGCCAACAAUGGUUUAGUUUCAAAGUACCACUUCACGUCGCUAGAUGGUAGAUAUUGUUUGAAAUUCACCAUUGUAUACCUGUCAAUGUACCUUACAAUUAGUGCAUAUUAUAUAUAACUUUACGUUUGUUUUAAAAAAAUGUAAUAUCAAAUGUUAUGUUGUUUGUUCCAGGUAAAGAUUUCAUUUUGUAUGUAUUUAUUACAAAAAUAAAUGUCGGUACGCAUUCAUUCCUAAUGAUCUGUAUUACAUCCUGUUUGAUUCUUGAAUACAUAAGCUCUAAAUCAAUGUUUGCAAUCUACAAAAAGUCAAGAACAACUAAGUCCUCUUAUACUGGAGAAUCCAAAAGUAAAGUCUAAUGUGCUGAGUGAUUAGAAAAUUCAGCAAUGAAGUCUUGAAUUUACUCUUAGUACGGAGAACAAAAUAUGUCUCUCAGUAUUCGUGAAUGAUUAGAAUCUAGCUGCUAUUUAAACUUACCAGUAGUUCAGAAACUAACAAUCAUUGAAUGUUUAAAAUCUAGUUGUUAUUUAAAUUUCAAACCACUGUGCAUUUUGAUGUCGUCAAAUUAACCUAAGUUUGGUCUAAACCUAAGGAAAACACUUCCAAUGUAAAUACUAUUAUUAAUAAUUUCUGAAACACUUCGAAAUUAAUUUAAGUUUCUGGUAUCAAACUAAAAAAAUCUCUUCUUCUUUCACAAGUAUGUAUUAGUCUAGACAAGAAUGUCAUUUUGUAUUACGUCUUAAUACUACAUCGAAAAAUUGGAGAUUGAUUUUUGAGUACUCUAAAUCAAAGAGCACAGACCGACUUUUACAUUUCCAAUCAUCCAAUCGAAAUGUAGUCUAGUUUUUUUAAAGAGGAACCUAAAACUAAUUAUAUGUCUUGUUUUCUUU